AUGAAGCGUCUCGCAUCCAUAACCCUCGCCGCGUUCGUGGCUCUCCCCCACGCACACGCGGCGUUCUACGUCCCAGGCGUUGCGCCCGAAUCCUGGGCGCUGGGCGAGACGGUGCGGCUCAACGUGAACAAGAUCACGUCCACCAAGACGCUGGUGCCCUACGAGUACUACUACCUCCCCUUCUGUCAGCCCUCGAGGAUCCACGAAGAGCAGGAGAAUCUCGGCGAGAUCAUGGCCGGCGACGCGAUCAUGGAGUCGCUCUAUCAGAUGCACAUGGAGAAGGACGCCCUCUGUCAAGUGCUGUGCAAGCCCAUGACGUACACGGCCGCGCAGUCGCAGCUCUUUAUUGACAUGAUCAAGGACGAGUACUACGUGCAGUGGGUCGUGGACAACCUCCCGGUGCUCUACCGGGAUCCAACGGACACGCAGCAAGCUGGCUCGCUCAAGCGCGGCUUCCCGGUUGGAGAAGUGGAUGAAGACGGCAACUACUUGCUGUACAACCACGUCCGGAUCAUUAUCUCGGUCAAUGCCGAUCCGUACGCGGAAGAGAACGGCGAUGCCCCCAAGUGGCGCGUCGUGGGCUUUGAAGUCGUGCCAACGUCCAUUAAACAUCGAUACGAGAAUGAACCCAUGCCGGGACAGGAACUCGACUCGGACACGUGUGGCAAGUUUGUCAAUAUCGAAGAAGUGUCGCAGGGCAAUUACCAAUACUUGAGUCCAGAUGGAGAGACGACGGUGCUCUACACGUACGACGUGCAGUUUGUCAAGUCGGACAUUGUCUGGGAAGAGCGCUGGGACCGCAUUAUUAGCAGCAAGAGCUCGAACGACCAGAUCCACUGGUUUUCCAUCAUUAACUCGCUCAUGAUUGUGCUGUUUUUGACUGGCAUGAUUGCUAUGAUCAUGUUGCGCACGCUUCAUCGUGACAUUUCUCGCUAUAAUGAGGUGCAAACCACUGAGGAAGCACAGGAAGAGUCAGGGUGGAAGCUUGUACACGGCGAUGUGUUUCGUCCGCCACAGCUUUCGCCGAUGCUAUUUUCCGUGGUUGUUGGAACGGGGGUGCAGGUGUGCUGCAUGAGUGCUUCCACGAUGGUUGUCGCGCUGCUGGGUCUACUGUCCCCGGCUAAUCGCGGUUCGCUGCUGACGACGCUGCUGUUGCUUUUUGUAUUCAUGGGUAGCUUUGCUGGCUACUACUCGUCACGUACGUACAAGAUGUUCAGCGGCAAGGACUGGAAGACAAACACCAUUCUUACGGCUGUGAUGUACCCGGGCCUGCUCUUCACCGUAUUCUUCUUGCUAAACUUGGUGCUGUGGGGCAAGGCAUCAUCGCAGGCAGUUCCUUUUGGAACGCUGUUCGCUCUGUUGGUCUUGUGGUUUGGCAUUUCGGUGCCGCUCGUGUUCCUCGGCAGCUACUUUGGCUUCAAGGCUGCUGCAAUUGAGCAUCCUGUGCGUACGAAUCAGAUUGCCCGCCAGAUCCCGGAGCAAGUGUGGUAUUUGUCCUCUCCUUUCAGUAUCCUGGUGGGCGGUAUCUUGCCGUUCGGCGCCGUGUUCAUUGAGCUGUUCUUCAUCAUGUCGGCGCUAUGGUUGCACCAGAUUUACUACGUCUUCGGCUUUCUGUUUAUUGUGCUGCUGAUCCUGGUAGCAACAUGCGCAGAGGUGACGGUCGUGAUGUGUUACUUCCAGCUAUGCGCCGAGGACUAUCGCUGGUGGUGGCGCUCGUUCCUUACUUCGGGGUCUGCGGCCGUGUAUUUGUUCCUGUACUCGUUCCUCUACUUCUUCACGAAGCUGAACAUUACGGCGUUCGUUUCCGGUAUUUUGUACUUCGGCUAUAUGUUCCUGAUUUCAGUGACGUUCUUCUUCCUUACGGGAACGAUCGGCUACUUUGCUUGUCUCUGGUUUACGCGCAAGAUCUACAGCUCGAUUAAGAUUGACUAA